AUGGAAAACGAAAAAGGUAAGAGAUUUUGAGAUUUUCAACAUAACAUUUUGAACUUCGCGUCAAAUAAUGUGAUUCAAAAGUUUUGGUGUCAAAAAUCCACGUGGCAUAAUUCCUCUUUUUUAUUCAGGAUCGAUUGAUGGCGUCUCGAUUUCAACUCUCGAUCCGAAUUCGAAUUCUGAUCCAAACGAGACCCAAAUGACUACGGUAGCAAUGACACCAAGUCCAACUUCUUCUUCUAAUUCAUCUACACCAUCUCCUCCGCCAUUGCCUCCACCAAUUUUGAAAAAUGGAGCGAAAAUUCGAAAAAAAGAGAAAGAAGAAGAAGAAUUUGAUGAAAUUGAAGAUGAAAAUAUUGGAAACGAGAAAAUGGAAAAAGAAAAGGUGGGAAAAAUUUUUGACGCGAAAUUGAACAUUAUUCAAAAAAUGGAAUUUGAUACUAUAUUUGUAGCGAAAAAUCCACGUGGCAAAAGUUCGAAAUAUUCAAAAUUUUUUUCACACUUCGAAAUUUCUGUUUUUUUCAUUGCAUGACUCAAAAAUUGUCUUUUCUUUUUCAAUUUUUCUCUCGGAAAAACAUUAUUACACAAUAUUUUUUUCGAAAAACAAAACAAAAAAGUUUGCGUGGGAUCAUUUGUGCUCUUUUAUUUUUUUGUUGAAAAUUUAUCAAUUUUUCGAAAUAAAAAACUAGAUUUGAAGGAUAAUGUCGAGAUAUCAUACUACAACUACUGUAGUUGAAACUACCGAAUAUAUUACAAAUGAUGGUCCCGCAGUUAGGGUAAGUUUGAAUUUGGUGCAAGAAAUCGAUAGUGUUUGCCACGUGGCACAUUUUUGGCUCGAAACUUUUUGAUUUCAAUUUUGAUCGAGAAAUUUUGAGAUCUAAAAGUUAUUGAUUUUUUUACCACGUGGAUUCUGAAAAUCAACACAUUUUCUUAUUUUUUAAAACUUUUCCCCCGAAAAUUCCAAAAUUUUGCAGAUCGAAUUUCCUCGAUUGGAUUGUGAUUAUAUUCGAACAAUCGGCGGAAUUUUGAAAUGUUGUUGUAUUAUUUUGUGCUUUUUCACGAUGAUUUUUGUGAUGAUGGGACCGGCAUUUCAUGAAAGUAUGGUUUAUUUUUUGCUUUCCAAAUUUUUUUGUGCGGAUUAAAAAAUUCGAAAAUCAAAAUUGUAUAUAUUUUCAGGCAUUUCCUGGGUCACUUUUGUAGCCUCAAUUGGCCUAUUUUUCACAUCGGUUCUAUUGGUUUUAUACUUAUUUCGAGUCGUCGACACAUUUCCAAAAAUCAACUGGAUUGUUAUUGUGAGUUUUUGAAUUCUCUUCCCAAAAAUGGUGCAGAAUGACACCAAAAAAACCUAUAUUCGAACAAAAAUAUUGAUUUGUUGCAGGAAAUGGUUUAUUGUUUCACAUGGACUGUAUUUUUCUUCAUCGCCGCCUGUAUUUGUGCCAGUUUAGCCUAUCAAAAUCAAAAACACAGCACAUUUGCAUUCGCCGCAGCUUGCGUGAGUUCAUUCUCAGUUGAAUUUGGUGCCAAGAUCCUAUUUUUCACUAAUUUUUGCAGUUUUUCGCGUUUGGAGCAAUGAUAGCAUAUGGUUUGGAUUGUUAUCUCAAAUUUCUUUCAUGGCGACAUAAUGAAAAAGCGACCGGUGGACCGAAUCCAAUUGUUAUUCAACAACAAAGAAGAUCUACUAAUGAUUAUGUUUAA